AAGCGGUAGGCUGCUGCGGCGGAGCGGUCCCUCUGUGGGCUACGGCGCCGGGGCUCCGCUUUCUCGCUCGAGAGUCCGGCGGGAGUCGCGCGGGUCACCUUCCCAGACAGGCGGCCGCGAUGGAUUUCCCCAGAUCCCUGUGUCCCUCAUUGUUUAUGGCUGGUCCCCUUGGUAUGAAUGAUGCCCCUGACCUGUCCUUCAUGUGCAGCUGGAGAGAUGUUCUGACGCUGCCAGAGUCCCAGCCCCACGAUGCCAAGAAUGCCAUCCCUCGCCUGGCCAAGGACCUGCUGUGGGAGCCGUUGGCACCUGGGCCCCUGCCCCUGAUGCCUCCUGGUCCUGACUCCUGGGACCCUGGUGUGACUGCCCAGGACCUCCUUUUCCGAGGAGGUCGCCACUACCGGAGGCAGCCUCAGGUCGUACUGGAUGUGACUGAACAGCUCAGCCGGUUCCUGUGGGAUCAUGGGGACAUAGCCUUUGCACCCCUGGGGAAGCUGAUGCUGGAGAAUUUCAAACUGGAGGGUACUCGUAGCCGCUCCAAGAAGAUGACAGUGGUCACUGUGAAGAGGCUGCUCCAGGACCUUGGUGGACACCAGCCCUGGGGGUGUCCCUGGGCAUGGAUCAGCCACAGGCAGCGUCGCUUCUCCAUCCUCGGGGGCCCAGUGCUUAACAAGUCAGUGUCCAGCCUCCUGGGCAAGCUGCUGCAUGAGGAGCUGGCCCUGCGCUGGGAGCAGCUGCUCUUAGACGAUGCCUUCACUGGGGGUGCCUUGGCCUGGGUGCCCGGAAGGACAGCCCGGGUGGGCCAGCUGGUCUACCCUGCGGGAGGUGCCCUGGACAAGCUGUGUUUCCAGGAGGUCAGUCUGACCUCAGGAGGCAAUCCUCGGGUCUUUGGGGACCCUGGGUACAUCCAGCUGCGCGGACCUGUCCGGCAGGUGGUGACCUGCACCGUCCAGGGAGAAACUCUGCUGGCCGUCCGCUCUGAUUACCACUGUGCCAUGUGGAAGGUCAGCAGGCAGGAGCCGCCAACCCCGCUGCAGACGCUGCAGGUGGAGAAGGGGGCCACGGGGAUCAGUCUCAGCCCACACCUGCCCGGGGAGCUGGCCGUCUGCAGCCGUUCUGGAGCCGUCUGUAUGUGGACCCCUCAGGAUGGGCUGCAGCAAGUCUACAAAGACCCUGAGACCCUUGUGUUCCGGGACCCUUCUCCCUGGCGCUGGGCAGACUUCACCGCCCACCCUCGGGUGCUGACAGUGGGUGACCGCACUGGGGUGAAGAUAGUUGACACUCAGGGCCCGCCAGGCUGCGGACUGCUGCUUUUCCGUGGGGGGGCAGAGGCCUCCUGUCAGAAAGGAGAACGUGUCCUGGUCACCCACUAUCUGGGGCAGGCCAGCUCUGACUGCCUCCCUCCCACCCUCCAUCUCGUCUGUACCCAGUUCUCGCUCUACCUGAUGGACGAGCGCCUCCCCCUCGUGCCCGUGCUGAAGUGGGACCACGGCCUCCCUUCUCCGCCCCUGCUCAUCCGCCUGCUGCCUCCCCCCGGCCCUGGCUUGCCACAGCCCUUGCUCCUGGGAGGCCAGGGGGGGCAGUUUCAGCUGCUGCACCUCACAGGAGCGGGGUCCUCCACACCCCGGCUGGCAGGGCCCCCCCAGUCUCUUCCCUCCAGGACCGAUUCCCUCUCUGCAUUUCCUCUCCUGGAACCCAAGAGCCAGGGGCAGUUGCAGGAGCGUCUGGAAGCGCCAACCAUAGGUCUGGCCGCCACUGUCGCGCACUGUGCCUCUGCACCAGUCCUGUCCGUCUUCCAGCUCUCCAAGGCUGGGGACGUCUUCUCCCAGCCUUUCCGCCUCCACAGAGACACGGAGCCCCCCGAGCCUCCCAGCGACCCAGACCCUGGGCCCACCUGCCCUGCACCCAGGGCCACGGCAUCACCCCAGGACCCACCUCCCAAGCCUCUCGCACCUUCCUGGAGCCCCCAGGCCAUCGCCCGCUGUAGCCACUGGCUAGAGGCCCUGCUGGAGGUGCCCCCUGCCCCAGCUGUGUGGGCUGCACCCACCUUCUCCCACCGCCGGCUGCUGGGCCGCAUGGAGCUGCAGAAGGAUGCAGGGAGAGUGCCACAGGGACUCCGGGCGGCCAUGGCUGAAGGGCGGCUCCUGCAGCAGAGGGACCUGGGCUCGCUGCCCAGGGCAGAGCCGCCCCCCGCGCCUCAAUCAGGCCCACAGGAUGAGCUUACCGAGCGCUUGGGGGCAGCCUGGGAAGGCCAAGGGGCUGCCUGGUGGGAGAGGCGGCAGUUCAGGACCUUGGAGCCUGAGGGCCGGGCCAAGCGGCCCAAACGCCGGUCUCAGCUGUCCAGCACCUUCUCCUCGCUCACCAGCGGUUUAGAUCUCCCAGAGGCCAGCAGCCCUCCUCACAGCCCAAACCAGAUGUCCUCAGAGACUAGGCCUCACUCUACAGGGACACUGCACUCCCAGGAGUUGAGUCAGGAGCCGUGGACCCAGGGCAUCCCCUUGGAGCGGCGGCAAACCCUCCGGGACUACAUGGCCAAACUGCCACUUCAAAAUGACACUCUGGGACAUAGCCCAAUACUCCCCACCCAGGCCCCCAGUGCCCAGGCCUCCAGUGCCCAGGCCACCCCCUCCCAGCAGCACGCCCCUGUCCUCUCCGGCUCUCGGCCCCCCAGGAAGAAGGCACGCAUGGGCUUCUGAGGCACUGGUGAGGCUCCUCCUUGUGCCCAGGUCAGCAGGGCCUUCCCAGGGACGGCAGGAGAUGGCGCUCCCCAGGGACGGCAGAGCUUUCCAACUCCUGAAGGCCCUUGUGGCCAGCCGUGGGAGGCCCAGCAGUGAAGUGGGCCCACGUCAGAGGAGUAGGCAACAGAAUGGCCUACAGAUUAGAGGGAGAGGGAGCACAGGGGGGCAGGGGCAGGCUCUGUUGGGGGCUGGGCUCUCCCACCCCCCUUGUUCCCCCCCCCAUGGAAAUGGCAGCAGCCAUGCUCCCCUUGUUGGGUGGGGGUAGGGCGAGGCCCCAGGAGCUGAGAGCCUGCUGCGGGGUGGGUUUGUGAGCAGCUUCCCAGGGAGGUGCUUUUGGCUGAACACUUGUGCUGGUGGUGCUCCUGUGGGUGGCUCCCUGUGCUGUGGGAAGUGCCCAUUGGAGAGGGCAGGCACCGGGCUGUGGCCCUGCUGCGGAUCACACUUGGAGGGUCUUUCUCAGUAUCUGAUGGACCAGAGGGAAUUGCCUGUAACUUGCAGGAAUAUGGCUGCUAAAACAUUUUAUUAUGCUCAUAGACGUUUAUAAUUACACAGUGUAUACUACAGGGAGUUGACACAUGGCACACUUGGGACGCGUGGUGCAAAGGACAGGAGCCCCCAUCUCGGCAGGCUGCAGCAGCAGUACUUGAGUAGAGGGGGUGACCACGCCUGCUCCCUGACCCCAUGAGUCUGAUGGUACAGGGCCCAUCUUGGAUUCAGUCCAAGCCAAAUUCAAUGUCCUCCCGGCCUGUCCCCCCACCGGACUCCUCGUUCCGCUCUUCAUUCUUUCCAGUCCAGUCUGCUGAAGAGAGAGGCCGGUGGGGAUUGGAAUGGAGCCUGCCUCUCCCUCCUGCCUGCAGGCCAGGCUGCCCGGCAUUGUCCCCUCCCACCUCCAUCUCCUGAGCAGGGCAGCAGGCAUGGGACCUGUCACCUGUGUGCAGUGUGGAGCAGGCACACCUUCAUGCCAGCCUAGCGCUGCCCAGCCUCCACAGCCCCUCCAGAAGCCAUGGUCUGGAAUGACCAGGAAGGGUGGGUUGAUGAGAGGGUAUGGAGGUGCAGGCUCCUUGGCCCCCCAACCCUGCGAAACCCCCACUAGGCACUGCAUGCCUGGUGAUAAAGUGAUACACAGGUCACCGCCCAAGAAUGGUACAUUGGGGGCUUAUCCAGGUGAUGCCCACCAGCAGAGCUUCAGUCACAGACUUGGACAUGUGAUCUGCAGAGGUUUCCUGGUGUGUCCCCGUGGCCCUUUCCAGGAACCUGGGAUUCCCCGGGCGAGCUCCCUGGGCCCACCCAGCCUUCACGGCUCAGCGCAUGCCCCGCAGCGCUGUGGACCUGCAACGCAGUGGCCUUACCUGGUGGAGGGGCUGCGGGGAGGUGUCUGUCUCCACUCUCGCUGGAAGGAGCAGGAGCAGCAUCUCUCCAGCAGGAGGGCACGAGGAGUUGGCUCGAGGUCUCAUGGCCACUAAUCUCCUGAAUAAGCACCCUUGGGGACUCGGGGACUUGACUUGGGGUUCCCAAGGCCUUUAUAGUUUCUUUCUUAAGUAUGUUUGUAAAAGGGGUCUCGGCCUUCUUCGAGGUGUCUCUAGAGACUGCGAAUAUGUGUGACUGGGUGUCUGUGGGCCUGCUCUCCAGCUCUGGAGACACAUUGUCCAGGUCAGGGUCACCGUUGUCACUUAAGCUCGAGAUGGCCUCAAUCUUUGGAGAGCACCUUUCCUGUUGAGAGAAGGGUGUCUGAACAUUUACUUGCUUCUGCACUAGUCACUCCACAGUCAAGUGGCAGCAGUGGUCACCAUGGCGCAGGAAGACCCACAAGAACACUGGAGCCUCAAGUGGACCCUCCGGGGUCAGCAGCUCCUGCUGAGUACCAUAGCCAGUGUCCGUUCCUGUCCAGCCCUCUGCCUGGUAUCCACACUGCACCCCCACCAGACGGCCCCUAAAUGACAGCCUCAUGCUGGCCCUGCCUGGUGUCUUCCUGAGCCCAACCUUGUCCACCAGUCUCUGGGACUUCACUCCUAGACAUCAGUACCCUGUGGUAACCACAGUCUCACGUGCCCGUUACCUUUGAUGACCUCUGAUGCCUCCCUCCCUUGUAGCCCAGGUCUGGCACCCUUGAGCUCUGAGUAAUGCCCGAGGGAGGAGGGCAGGGUCAGUUGGGGAUAAAUCCACAGGGCACCUCAUCCAGUGCUCCUCCCCUGAUCUGCCUUCCCUUUUCCUUCCCUCCAUCCGCAGCUGUCCCCAUCAGGGAGGUUCAGGAGGUGGAAAUGCACCACGGACAGAUAAAUGCUCCGGGUAAUUACAUCAGUGUGGUUACCACCAUGAGCAAUAAAACACGUGCAGAAAA